CGGCACGAGGCUUGUCCCCACGCGGCGCGGGGAGUUUACCGCGGGGCUGCGGCAACUUUCUCGCAAGUCGUCUGCGGUUCCGCUGCCAGGCUUCGGUAAUUGUGCGGAGGGCUUCCGCACUUCUGCCGACGUGGGAAGAAGUUGUGCCGAGCACGUGGGCUUCCUACCCGAAGUACUGGAGCAAGACCUGGGCCCGGAGUUAUGGGGCCAGCGCCUGCGGGAGCCCAGGAUCGCGGAGUUGCUGGGGAGCCAGAGGUAAUGGAACUAGCUCUGGAAGGCACAGGCAAGGAGGGAAAGAAGGAGUCCUCAAAGAAGCAUACCCUGUCUGGGUCUCCAGUGGAGGGCCUCCUGCAGCCAGUGAAGCUUAGCCAGGCAGAACUGUAUAAGGAGCCUACCAAUGAGGAGCUGAAUCGUCUUCGGGAGACUGAGAGUCUAUUCCACUCCAGCUUGCUUCGUUUACAGGUAGAGGAGCUACUAAAGGAAGUGAGGCUGCCAGAGAAGAAGAAGGAGCGGAUUGAUGCUUUCCUACGGGAGGUCAACCAGAGGGUCCUCAGGGUGCCCUCAACUCCUAAGAGAGAGCUGACUGACCAGACUUGGCUCCCAGCUGGGGUUCGAGUUCCCCUCCACCAAGUGCCCUAUACUGUGAAGGGCUGUUUUUGCUUCCUGCCUCCGUCUCAGGUCACUGUUGUGGGCAGCUACCUUCUGGGCACCUGUGUCCGGCCGGACAUCAAUGUGGACAUGGCAGUGACCAUGCCCAGGGAGAUCCUACAGGACAAAGAUGGGUUGAACCAGCGUUACUUCCGCAAGCGUGCUCUCUACCUGGCCCACUUGGCUCACCACCUGGGCCAAGACCCUCUCUUUGGCAGUGUUCACUUCUCCUACACCAAUGGCUGUCACUUGAAACCCUCGCUGCUGCUUCGGCCACGUGGGAAGGAUGAGCGCCUGGUCACUGUACGUCUGCAUCCAUGCCCUCCACCUGACUUCUUCCGCCCGUGCCGCCUGUUGCCAUCUAAGAACAAUGUGCGCUCUGCCUGGUACCGAGGGCAGAGUCCCCCAGGGGAUGGUAGCCCAGAGCCUCCCACCCCCCACUAUAAUACAUGGGUCCUGCAGGACAUGACCCUUGAGUCCCAUGUGCAGCUGCUGUCCACAGUGCUGGGCUCAGCCUUGGGGCUGAAGGAUGGUGUGGCACUUCUGAAGGUCUGGUUGCGGCAGCGGGAACUGGACAAGGGCCUAGGAGGGUUCAGUGGGUUCCUUGUCUCCAUGCUGGUUGCCUUCCUUGUGUCCACACGCAAGAUCCACACCACCAUGAGUGGCUACCAGGUCCUGAGGAGUGCCUUGCAGUUUCUGGCCACCACAGAUUUAACAGUCAACGGGAUCAGCUUAUGUCUCAGCUCAGAUCCCUCCUUGCCGGCCCUGGCUGACUUCCACCAGGCCUUCCCUGUUGUCUUCCUGGAUUCCUCAGGCUAUCUCAAUCUCUGUGCUGAUGUUACUGCCUCUACUUACCACCAGGUACAGCAUGAGGCACGGCUGUCUAUGGCAUUGCUGGACAGUAGAACCGAUGACGGAUUCCAGCUUCUGCUGAUGACUCCAAAACCCAUGAUCCGGGCUUUUGACCAUGUUUUGCAUCUCCAUCCACUGAGUCGUCUGCAGGCAGCAUGUCACCGGCUAAAGCUGUGGCCAGAGCUGCAGGAUCUUGGUGGGGACUAUGUUUCAGCUGCUUUGGGCGCACUGACCCCCCUCCUGGAGCAGGGUCUGGGGUCCCGCCUGCACCUGCUGGCUCAUUCUCGGCCCCCAGUCUCAGAGUGGGACAUCAGCCAAGAUCCACCAAAGCACAGAGACUCUGGGACCUUGACCCUGGGAUUGCUCCUCCGGCCUGAGGGGCUGACAAGUGUCCUUGAGCUGGGUCCAGAGGCCAACCAGCCUGAGGCUGCUGACUUCCGCCAGUUCUGGGGAUCUCGCUCAGAGCUUCGGCGUUUCCAGGACGGAGCCAUUCGGGAAGCUGUAGUCUGGGAGGCAGCCUCUAUGGCCCAGAAACGCCUUAUUCCCCACCAGGUGGUCACUCACCUCUUGGCACUCCAUGCCAACAUCCCAGAUACCUGUGUCCACUAUGUGGGGGGCCUUCUGGACGCAUUGAUCCAAAGCCCAAAAGAGACCUCCAGCACAGGUGAGGAGGCUCUGGCAGCAGCAGUACGUUGUUACGAUGACCUCAGCCGCCUCCUGUGGGGGCUGGAAGGUCUCCCACUGACUGUGUCUGCUGUGCAGGGAGCUCACCCGGUGCUGCGCUACACUGAGGUGUUCCCACCAACCCCAGUCCGGCCAGCCUACUCCUUCUAUGAGCACCUGCGAGAGCGGGCCUCGCUGUUACCCCGGCCCGACAAGCCCUGUCCAGCCUAUGUGGAGCCCAUGACCGUGGUAUGUCACCUGGAGGGCAGUGGUCAGUGGCCACAGGAUGCUGAGGCCAUACGGCGGGUCCGAGCUGCUUUCCAGCUGCGCCUAGCAGAGCUGCUCAUGCAACAGCAUGGGCUGCGGUGUCGUGCCACGGCCACACACACUGAUGUCCUCAAGGAUGGGUUCGUGUUCCGGAUUCGUGUGGCCUAUCAGCGGGAGCCCCAGAUCCUGAGGGAAAUGCGAAGCCCCGAGGGGAUGAUCUCAUUGAGGGAUACACCUGCCUCCAUCCACCUUGAGAGGGACACAAGGCAUUUGCCCUUGCUCACCAGUGCCUUGCAUGGGCUCCAGCAGCAGCACCCAGCCUUCUCAGGUGUGGCACGGCUGGCCAAGCGAUGGGUGCGCGCCCAGCUUCUGGGUGAGGGGCUCAGUGAUGAAAGCCUGGACCUUGUGGUUGCUGCUCUUUUCCUGCACCCUGAGCCCUUCACCCCUCCCAGCUCCCCCCAGGUGGGCUUCCUUCGGUUCCUUUUUUUGAUAUCAACCUUUGAUUGGAGGAACAACCCUCUUAUUGUCAACCUUAACAACGAGCUCACUGUGGAGGAGCAGGCGGAGAUCCGUAGUGGCUUCCUGGCAGCUCGGACACAACUCCCAGUCAUGGUCAUCGUUACCCCCCAGGAUCGUAAAAACUCUGUAUGGACACAGGAUGGACCCUCACCCCAGAUCCUACAGCAGCUUGUGGUCCUGGCAGCUGAGGCCUUGCCUGUCCUAGAGAAGCAGCUAAUGGAUCCCCAGGGGCCUGGCGAUAUCCGGACAGUGUUCCGGCCACCCCUGGAUAUGUAUGAUGUGCUGAUCCGCCUGUCUCCCCGCCACAUCCCCCGGCACCGCCAAGCCGUGGACUCACCAGCUGCCUCCUUCUGCCGUGGCCUGCUCAGUGAGCCAGGGCCCUGUUCCCUGAUGCCUGUGCUAGGCUAUGAUCCUCCUCAGCUCUAUCUGGCACAGCUCAGGGAGGCCUUUGGGGACCUGGCCCUUUUCUUCUAUGACCAGCAUGGUGGAGAGGUGAUCGGUGUUCUCUGGAAGCCCACCAGCUUCCAGCCCCAGCCCUUCAAGGCCUCCAACACAAAGGGGCGCAUGGUGAUGUCUCGAGGUGGGGAGCUGGUGAUGGUGCCCAAUGUAGAAGCGAUCCUGGAGGACUUUGCCAUCUUGGGUGAAGGCCUGGUACAGGCUGUGGAGGCCCGAAGUGAGAGGUGGACAGUGUGAUCUCCAGCCCUAGGAGCAAGCUAUAGGUGACAGCGGGACUUCCAGACUUCUGGAGUAAGAUGUCAGUGGCAUUACCUCUACCCUUGCUACGUACAGGUCCUUCACGAAGUAUCUGCUGGCCUGAACACACUGAGAUGUCCCCCCAAAAGAGCCCUGCCCUAAUUUUCUGUCCAGUGCUUUACCAUUGGGGCAGGGGCCUGGUAUUCCACAGAGUCCACUGGGCUUGUCUGAACUCCCAGGAGAGGAGAGUGAGCCAGCUCAGAAAGGGAACUAAAUGACCCGAAGAGAUCCAUCCACCUCUCAGCUCUGGCCUGGGCUUUUUUUCUUCCUAGGAUGUUUCCAGAAGCUUAGAGAGGAGGACAUGUACCCAGGGUUGAGGCUCUAUCUCCUUCCCAUCACCAGGGUAUGCACCUAGACCUUAGUGUGUCCUUAGGGGUAGUGUCAGGCCUUUAAAUAGGGCCCAGAGAAGGUGAGAUCUGCUGAGGGUCACAGAAUACCAGCAUUGAGCAAGGUGCUAUUGUUUUCGAGGGUAGGACAUGGAAAAGCACAGGGCAGAAGGGGCUAGGUGAGUGAAGGGGCAAGGGGUACAGAAAGCCCUGAGCGCUCCCCUGGCUGCUCAGCAUCUCGCCCGCACCCCCCUACCCCCUCAGGCUCCAUCUCUCUGCCCAUUCAUGUCUCAAACUGCCUCCACUGUGUUCCUGCAGUGGAGGUGGAGAGGGGAGCAAGACCCAAGUCCCGGUCUUCAGGAGCUCUCAGUGCCAGAGCAGGGUGGAGGGGGUGCUGCCUCUUUUCAACCUGGUCCACACCCCACUUCCGGCAGCCUCUCCCUUUUCCAUCUCCCCUAAUCCUGGACGUUUCUCCAGACUCAGCUCAAAUAGUGCUGCCGCCUCCAACCCUUCCCUUGCCCCCAGCCUGAGGUGCUCUCUCCUCUGAAACACGAGAGCAGUGAUUGUUCAGUUUACUUCAUAGUCGCCUAUAGUGGUGUGAACCUUUCUGUUGUCUGAAACUUGGAUUUAAAGUUAAAUCACUUGGGGGCAGCCUGGGUGGCUCAGCAGUUUAGCACCACCUUCAGUCCAGGGCGUGAUCCUGGAGACCCGGGAUCGAGUCCCAUGUCAGGCUCCCUGUGUGGAGCCUGCUUCUCCCUCUGCCUGUGUCUCUGCCCCCGCCCCCCGUCUCUCUCUCUCUGUGUGUCUCUAUGAGAAUAAACAAAUAAAAUCUUUUUUAAAAAAUUUAAAUUAAAUCACUUAAUUUCCCCAUGA